CACAAUAAAUUGUACGUAGAGUGUGUCAGGAAAAUGCAAACUGAAUUUUCUCGAAAUUUGUUUACAAUAAUUAACAAGACAUCAAUUUUGGUAGUUGAGAGCUCUCGAAACCACGCGUGUGCACAUAAUAUUAUCAUAACCGAGGCCAUAACGUUCAUAAACGGCGCGUCAGGGGAAUGCAGUUAAUUUGAAGGACAUAAAUUAUAUGAAAAGCUAUUGAGGAAAAAAACGGAACACGAAACGGACAAUUUGCACUCGGUUACAUGUUUAGUGUGUAACUUGGAAUAAAGAAAAUUUUACCGUCAAUAUUGCGGUGGCAGUAUAGUGAUUUUGUGUGCCGGUUGGAAGUUUAAAAAAAAAUUCAAAAGGAUGCCACUGGUCGGUUUAGGCGGAUACAUGCUAUCCAGACAUGGCGGCAGUGAGCCCUCGCCAAUAGCACCGCCAGAGCUAUGCGGAGAAUUUAUGAAAUUGAAAAUUUCAUCUGCCUGCGAUAGGAUCAGCGGAAAGCUGUUCCUUAACUUCAAUUUACAUCGAUGUUCUUAUGAUGGAAUUAAAAUUCGGCUAAAUUUACAUUUGAAACCAGUAAUCACCGAUCGAGUGAAUGCUGUCGGUGGUGAGACAGACCUGUUUGAGCAUUGUCCAAUCGAAACUAGUUUACCCGGUGGUGUGUUUCGUGCACAGAAACGGUUGAACUUCAUUUUAGAUAUUCCCAAAAAUCAAGUAUGUCCGACAUCGUUCAUCUCAUCACAAGGAAGCCUUACGUAUCGACUUGUUGCACUUAUAACACGCGACAAGCACGUUACAUGGACUGUGAUCGCCAACAAACUGCUUCUAGACUUUAAAGGAUACUACAACAUCAGUGGCAUGGAAUUGGGUCCAUCGGUCGAUUUUAAGCAAUUUUUCGAAGAGAAAAUCACCGCCAUUUUCACACUGAAUAAACCGGUGCUGUUGAUAGGACGCGAUACAAACUUGACUGCGACACUGGAAUUGGAAGGGGUUCGCGACUACAAUGUGGAUGUCACGUUAACGCUUCAACGACGGGCAAAAUGUGCGGAAAACGUUAGAGCAGAGAUUAUCAUACUACAGAAGCAACAGACUGACUGUUGCGACGAUACGACGGUAUUUAAUUGGAAUUUCAACGUCCCCAAUAUAUCACGAGCCACAUAUGUGAAUGAACUGACUCCUGUUUAUUCGGUGCGAUAUUUUGCCAAGUACGAAGCCACGUUCAAACCACUGAACGACCAGGAUGGCAUUUGCAUCGAUGGCAUUGGUUUUAUUGAAGUGAAAGUAGGAACCACAUCUGAAAGCAGCAGUUCAACGUCAGCGAUUGCAAAUCGUUUUGACAAUUUAACACUAGCGUCCAGAAGUGACUCAGCAUCAUCAUUGAUGACCUUACCUCCGCCUUAUUCCACACUUUCGUCCAGAUCGGGAUCGGUAUUGUCACUGGAGACGCAACCUCCCGGUUAUGAUGACCUGUACUGAGCCACAAUGACGAUCCAGUAAAGAAUUUAAAAAAAUAUUUUAUUUUUCCCGAAUUUCCAUCUAGCUUUGAUUAAUAUAGCUUUUACAGCAAGUUUUAUCUAACACUGCAAUUUAUGCCUUAUUAUUGGAAUUUUUUAUAUAAAUAAUAAAAACAAGUGGAUUGCUGUUGUUGGUGUCCGGUAACUCUUAACAUUUUUUGAAUGGAAUCAUUGGAAGACUUUUAUGCUUAUAAAUGUGAUAUUAAAUGUACAAGAAAAAUUUAAAUAAAUUCUCAUGACCAAAUUGAACAA